AUGGGCCUCUCGGCGAAGGACUCGGUGCAGCUCAAGGAAACCCUGCAGAUCGCGGUGGUCAAGUGUUCGGAACGAUGUCUCUAUCAAUCGGCAAAGUGGGCGGCCGAGCUCCUCGAUUCUCUCCCCGACCUAGACGUUGAUGCCUUGUCAGAGACCGCCGGAGACCAAUUGCACCCUAUAUUUGCGCCAAACCACGAUCCCGCCGAAGCAGAACGCGAGGCACAGGAGUUGGGCCAGUACUUGCUAGCAAAGUCGUAUUUUGAUUGCAAAGAAUUCGAACGAUGCGCCGCCGUCUUUCUCCCAGAGCCCCUGCUAGCCAGCUUGCUUGGAGCGGCGCCGAACGAGACUCAGGCUUCAAAGGGCAAAGGGAAAGCCAAGGCGUCUAGCGGCUUUGUGUCCGAAUCAGCACUACCAAAUAUCAGCCAAAAGAGCUUGUUCCUGGCCCUCUAUGCCAAAGUCAUGGCGGGGGAAAAGCACAAGGAUGAGGACACUGAAAUGAUCAUGGGACCCCAAGACUCGGGCGCGGUCAUUAACAAGCAAUUGGUGGCCGUCAGCCGCAUUCUUUCUAUGUGGUUCGCCCAGCGGAAAGACGACGAGGGUGACUACCCGGCCAGCCAAGGAUUUCUCGAGUACCUGUACGGCAUGGUGUUAGCCAAAGAGAAGAACGACAAUUUGGCAUUGGAGUAUCUCAUGCAAAGCGUGCAUCUAUUUCCUUGGAAUUGGGGCUCUUGGCUAGAGAUUACAAACCUUAUUUCCAGAGUUGAGCAGCUCACCAAAGUUGCACGCCACUUGCCGCAAAACAUCAUGUCCUUUAUUUUCCACGCCAACGCUGCCGUUAGCCUUUACCAGCAGAACCCCGAAUUAGCUUCCUCGUUGAACGACCUCCUCAGCAUUUUCCCGACCUCCUCGUUCUUGCUCACUUGCAAGGCGUUGCUGUGCUAUCACUCUAAAGACCUCUUUGCGGCGGAACAAGAAUUUAACAAAGUUUUGGCUCUCCACCCACAACGACUCGACUCCCUCGAUCAUUAUUCCAACAUAUUGUACGUCCUGAACCGUCGGCCAAAACUCGCCUUCUUGGCCCAUCUCUGCUCCAACAUCGACAAGUUCCGGCCCGAAUCCUGUGUGGUGAUUGGAAACUACUACUCGCUACUCUCGCUCCAUGAAAAAGCCGUGCAGUACUUCCGGCGGGCCCUCACUCUAGACCGCUCGUGUCUCUCGGCCUGGACACUCAUGGGGCACGAAUAUGUCGAGCUUAAAAACACACACGCCGCCAUCGAGUCGUAUCGCCGGGCUGUCGACGUCAACCGGAGGGACUACCGCGCCUGGUACGGCUUAGGCCAGACCUACGAAGUGCUUGAAAUGCACUCCUACGCUCUGUGGUAUUACAAAAAGGCAGCGGGUCUUCGGCCAUGGGACUCUAAGAUGUGGCAGGCCGUCGGCUCGUGCUUGCAAAAGAUGGGCCGCGACAGGGACGGCAUCAAGGCGCUCAAACGCGCCUUACUGGCUGACAGCUACUACGAUAGCACAGCCGCGGCUAGCUUCAGUAGCGCCGGGGCUGUCGAUCGCAUGUCGCAAAUGGACCCGGAAGUCCUACUGCAAAUCGCAAGCAUGCACGACCGCCUAGACGAAGAAGACGAAGCGAAAGCCUACAUGGAAUUGUGUCUGGCGCAAGAAGAAGGCGCCGCCAACGCCGAAGAGACCGGCCCCAGCAGCGGCAGCGGCCUCCCACUCGGUGAAUCCAUGGCCCUCAACGACUCGCCCGGAUCAGAUGCCGGGGGCGACGGUGGCGACGGCGGAGUUGGGCCGGAUGGAUCCGGCACGGGUGUCACCUUCGCGACCAGCAAGGCGCGCAUGUGGUUGGCCAAGUACGCGAUGCGAGCCGAGGACUACGAUACAGCCAACCGGCUGGCCAUGGAGCUAUGCCAGGACGGCGUGGAGGUGGAGGAGGCCAAGGCGUUGAUGCGCGAGGCGCGCUCGCGAAUGGAGCUCGCGGAUAUGGUGGAGCACUAG